AUGGUAUUACUUCAAAUGCAAGCUUAUAUUGUUCAAUCACUUGUUAAAUCAAAUACCAAGAGUUAUCUUCAUCAAUUCAUUCAUUGGAUCUUAUUAUUUGCCUUACUUAUUCUUGAUAAUAUGGCGCGUCUACUGGACGUAGAGAAUGAAAUAGCUAAUCUAACGCAUAAAAAGAAAAGAGGUCAAUGCGUUGAUAAUGGAAAGAAGAAAGAAGAACCACAAGAAAUUGUAACAAUAACAAAACCUUGUCAUACACUAGUAUCACCUUCCUCACCUAUCACUUCUCCUACGCCCACUUAUGUUCGUCAAAGAAAAGUGUCUUCUCCGUCCGCGGUUCAACAAACAUCUCCUGUAUUGGAACCCUCCCGUCAACAUAAUACGCCUCCUUCUCCUAUGGGUCAUGUACGCUCUUUAUCCAACAACAUAUUGGACAAAAAGCAGCAUACAUUACGUCGUGUCACAGGUCAACGUGAAAUAACAGUUCAAAAUACAAUUGCACCUACUCAAAAGAGCCACAAGCAUCAUAGUCAUCAUAAUCAUCAAAGAAAGACAAUUACUCCUAUAUCAAGUACUGCAAACUCUGUUGCCUCUCGCUCAUCCUCUUCCGAAUCAUCUCUCACAAAAGAAAGUCCAGAGUACCACAACAAUCAUCAUAUUAAACCUAAAAUGGUACAAACAAGAUCCUUAACUACUCACGAUUUAAUAGAGCAAAAAUCAUUAGACAACAGACGGCCUUAUGGACGAUGCUGUCCCGCUUGUGAAAAACCUUAG